CGCCGCCACCGCCGACGUCGCGCCGAUUCUUCCGCCUGCAGCCAUCCUCCUCGUAUUCAGCGCAUCUCCAGCCACAUGACGACGCCGACGACGGUUUCUACAUGCACCCCGGAGACGGAGCAGGGCAAGCAUGUGUUUGAGAUCUUUGGGUACAGCGAAUACAGGGGCAUGGGCGUCGGGGAGUUAAUCAGGUCCGGCACUUUCUCCGUGGGCGGCCACGACUGGGCUAUCCUCUUCUACCCGGACUGUCCUUGCGAUUACAUCACCGUUUGUAUAAAGCACUUGAGCCAGGACGCCAAGGUGUGGGCUUCCUGCGAGCUGAGGCUGGUUGAUCAGACCACCGGGCUGGCGUCGUUCUUGCAUAAAGACGGAACGAGGUUGUUUAAUCCUGGGGAUUAUUUUCUAGGGUCAGGUUUGAGCAAGAAACGCACACAGUUCGAAGCAUCAGUGUACCUUCGAGAUGAUCACCUCACCAUCGAGUGCAUUCUCACUGUGAAGAAACCGCGUGUAUCUACAACCCAAUUCUUGAACAAAAUCGAGGCGCCGCCGUCCAACAUCAUGGAGCAACUUGGCAAGUUAUUAGGGGAAGAGAACACAACAGAUGUCACUUUCAGCGUUGGGGGAGAGAUUAUUGGAGCACACAAAAUUCUGCUGGCGGUGCGGUCACCAGUUUUUAGAGCAGAGCUCUAUGGGCCGAUGAAGGAGUCGAAGGGGCAGCAUGUGACAAUUGAAGAUAUGCAGCCUGCUGUUUUCAGGGCCCUAUUGCACUUCAUAUAUACUGAUUCUUUGCCUGAUGUUGAUAAGAAUGUGGGAGAAUUCAACAGUGAAUUGAUCUGGCAUUUACUUGUGGCUGCUGACAGAUAUGCUGUAGACAGGCUGAAGUCAGUAUGUGAAAGUAUCCUUUCCAAGAAUCUUGAUGUCGAAACUGUGUCAACUACAUUGGCUUUAGCAUAUCAGCAUAACUGUGACAGGCUUAAGGAUGUAUGCCUUGGAUUCGUCUCCAGUUCAAGUGUGAUGGAUGCAGUGGUGGCAACUGAUGGUUAUAAGAAUCUCAAGACAACAUGUCCUCAUGCUUUGAUAGAUAUGCUUGAGAAGACAAGGAGGUUCCAUAAAACAUAA